CCGACCAAGCGGCUCGCGAAAAUGGUAGCGAAGCUCCAGAUGGGUGCUGCGUGUUGGAAAUCGCAAAGCUGAAGCAGCUGAAGUUGUGUGUUUCUGCUUCGUCCUUUCGGUUCUUUUUAAUCGUUGAUCUUUGCAUAUUGAUGCUUAGUCAUUAAUUAGUCAUAUUACAAUUUAGAUCGAUCACGUGUAUAUGUGAUCCUACUCAGGACUGCUAAUAUUAUUACAACAGGAGAGUGUAUAAGACAGGAGAAUGUAAGCCAGGAGGCGGAUGAGGUUCAUAAGUUGACUCUCUCAGGCUUUUCCUAUUCUCUUCAUGCUUGCUUCAGUUUUAGCAGUCCUCAUUCAUGUACGGCGCAGCUCCAUCAUCAUCGGGUCUAUGAUAUAGCGCGUACCACGCGCUUCUAUGCUCUGGCUGGCCCUGUUGCAGAGUAUUAACUGGCCAUCUACCCGUACUCCGUACGGAGACCCUGUCAGCGAAAUAUGGAGUAACUCGCCACCUAUAAGAAAGUCAACGUCGUGCCAUGCAGUAACCGGAGUACGCACAAUCGGACCAGAGUAGAGACACCCGCCAAUAUAUCCACCAACUAGCUAUUGCUUCCCAAUCAAUAAUCAACAAUAUAGUAAUAAAGUCGCGUCAUGGAUGAGAAAAGGGGUUGAUGACUAAUCAUGGUCAUUUUCUUUUUCCAGCUUGAAACGUCCAAAGAUUUGCAUCCAGGUGAGUCCAGCUCGACCUUGCGACUUUCCACGCGGCUCUCAUCAGCCACAAAAAAGCCAGACUUUGACCUUGCGGCAGGGACGAUGUGAAUUCUUCUCUCGAUUCUGCUCCGCCUCUGCUUUUCUCAUCGCUUUGCUUCCUCUCGCUGGCCGACUUCACAUCUUUGCAUGCAUCUCGUUUGAUCCGGAGCACGCAGUACUUCAGCGCCGCUCCCAGGACGAAGAACUUGUCUACCUAUAACCGAUACAGCAGAGGAGACAGAAGAGGCCAUUUCGCCACUGUUAAAUAUCCUACAGUCGUCAAGAUGAAUGUAACCCAGGGCAAGUACCUGCGGUACAUCCUCUUUGCAAUUCUGGGCCUUGCUAUCAUACAUUUUAUCACUUCCUCCUCGCUGCCAAUCCCCAAGGCAAGUGAUCUUGGUCUAUCUUAUCCAAAGUCUGGUCAACAGGCCGUCUCGUCUCCGGCUGGCGAGGAUAAAGCGCCUGCUCCUCCCGUUACUCCUCCAUCUACACCCCUGCAGCCUCCCACACAACAAUCCCCCAAACAAGAUGCCCCCAACCCUGUUACUCCCAAUCCACCCACUGGGAAUGCUGCUGGUCCGGGUUACGAAAAAGUGAAUGCCACGUUCGUCACACUGGCACGAAACUCAGAUCUAUGGGAAAUUGCAAAAUCCAUUCGCCAGGUAGAAGACCGCUUCAACAAGAACUAUCACUACGACUGGGUGUUCUUGAACGACGCAGAAUUUUCAGAUGAGUUUAAGAAGUUUACUAGCAGGCUGGUCUCUGGAAAAACUCACUACGGACUUAUUCCAAAGGAGCAUUGGUCAUACCCCAGCUGGAUUGAUCAGAACAAAGCUGCGGAAACUAGAAGAGUCAUGAAACAGAAAGAAAUUAUUUACGGCGAUUCUGAGAGUUACAGACACAUGUGCCGCUAUGAGUCCGGGUUCUUCUUCCGUCAUGAACUUAUGAUGCAAUAUGACUACUACUGGCGUGUGGAACCCAGUAUCGAAUACUUCUGUGACAUCCAUAUUGACCCAUUUAAGUUCAUGAAGGACAACAACAAAAAAUACAGCUUCGUUAUCAGUCUGCCCGAGUACCCCGGCACCAUUGAGACUCUAUGGAAGAGUACUAGGAAAUUCAUUGAACAGUACCCAGAGCAUAUUGCAAAGGAUAAUAACCUCGAGUUCAUUAGCGCUGACGGUGGUAAAACAUACAACAAUUGCCAUUUCGUAAGUUAUAUGCACCUGACGCGUUGUUGUGACUUAGCAGCUCCAUGCUAACCUAUCAUCCCUGAAGUGGUCUAACUUUGAAGUCGGUGAUUUGAACUUCUUCCGAUCUCAAAAAUACCUUGACUUCUUCAACCUCCUGGAUCAGGAUGGUGGCUUUUUCUAUGAAAGAUGGGGUGAUGCCCCUGUUCAUAGCAUUGCAGUCUCCCUUAUGCUAAACAAGGAUGAGGUCCACUUUUUCAAUGAAAUUGCAUACAGGCAUGUUCCAUUCGUCCACUGUCCUACCGGAGAACAGACCAGACUAGAUUUGAAAUGUCAUUGCAACCCAGGUGACAACUUUGACUGGAAAUCGUAUUCAUGUGAGUUUUCUGUUUUGUUCUCAUCGCCCUUUCACCCCAUAUCUCAAUAAGUAUCUAACGUGAAUAGGUACAUCUCGUUUCUUCGACAUAAACAAGAUGAGCAAACCAGCCGGUUGGGAAGCCGAGAGUCAUUAAACCGUUCGUCUAUAACCCUUGUCGCAAAUUGUUUACUUCUGAUGACCAAGUUGGCUCAUUACUCAACCAUAUUGUUCCAUCUCAUCUUCCUUUUAUCCAUACGAUAUCACGCUUCCAAAUGCCUAAGCUUCCUUUACUAUGAGGACCAAAAUGGCUACUUUAGAAUUAAACAGCACGUUUUAUGCCAAAGAGAAUAAAAACAAAAUAUAGCGAACAAAAAAAAAAAUUCAAAGCACAUCUAGGCGUCAUGAGCUUUGUUCUUCCCACCUAUUAUCAUGAGCAUUUUACCACUUUCGGAAUACGUUCCUAUUCUUGCUAUCUGUAUAUAGGCCUGGACUGGGAUUUGCUAGCCUCCUGUUUCCAUUAUUGCAUUAUUUGAGAUCUUGAUGGUAUUGGCCUAUAUUUCACCCUGUGUAUUAAAAAAAAAAAAAAAAAAC